AUGGCGGCUGUGGGAUGGUAUCGACAAUGUGAUCUUAUUCAUAAUACUCGUGAUAUGGACAUUGAAAUAUAUGCUAAACAUUAUAAACCAACAAUGAAAAAAUCUUUAGGAUCACACGACUUGUACUUGAUUCGAGAGUUGGGAAAGUUGCAAGACAGUUUUGAGAUGACGUUUAAGAAAUAUUCUAUUCGAUUAGAUGUGUUUUGUCUUUAUGAAGGAAAAGAUGACAAUUGGACAGGAGCAGUGGGUGGAAAUGGUACAAAAUACAGGUCACAUCUAGUUAAUUUCUUAGUUGAGGCAUAG